GCUAAGUUGGUUUUUUUCCUCUGUGUACCAAAUUUAUAAACAAAAUGACAACGCAUCCUUCCAGCAGGUUUAUGGAAUGUCUGCAGUAUGCGGCUCACAAACAUCGGGACCAGCGGCGCAAGGAUCCGCAGCAAACGCCAUACGUAAAUCAUGUGAUAAAUGUGAGUACAAUUCUGGCCGUGGAGGCUUGCAUAGAGGAUGAGGCCGUUCUAAUGGCUGCCAUGCUGCACGAUGUGGUGGAGGACACCGACGCAACGUUCGAAGACGUGGAGCAGCUGUUCGGCGCCGAUGUCUGUGGUCUGGUACGCGAGGUGACGGACGACAAAUCGCUGGAAAAGCAGGAACGCAAACGUUUGCAAAUUGCCAAUGCGGCCAAGACGAGCCCGAGGGCUAAGCUCAUCAAGUUGGCUGAUAAGCUGGACAAUCUAAGGGACUUGCUGGUCAACACGCCGCAGGGAUGGACGGAGGAACGUCGGGAGCUGUACUUCGUUUGGGCCAAGCAGGUGGUGGACAAUCUGCGCGGCACCAAUGCCAACCUGGAACUCAAGCUGGACGAGAUAUUUAGGCAGCGCGGGCUGUUGUAAAUAUAAAUCAACAGAAUAGCUUAUUUUUUAUUGUUUU